AGAAAUGGCUUUUUGCUGAGCCAAAAGAUCAUGGAAAUGCAGCAAUUCUUUCACCUUCGAUUGACUGGGACUCUGGACGAGGACACGAUGGAGGAGAUAGAGAAGCCCCGCUGUGGCUACCCUGAUGUGAAGUCUUUCACCCUGUUUGGGGGCAGCCCCAGGUGGCCCAGGAACACAGUAACUUACAGGGUUUUGAAUGGACCACCCGGGAUCAGAAGAAGUGAAAGUGACCAGGCUAUUGCCGAGGCCUUUAAAGUUUGGAGCGAUGUUACUCCUUUGAAGUUUCUCAAACGCAACUCUGGAAAUGCUGAUAUCGUAAUAUUUUCCGCUGCCGGCAAUCAUGGCGAUGGAGGGAAUAGCAGAUUUGAUGGAAGGAAUGGUGUCUUGGCUCAUGCCUACGCUCCUGGUAGAGGCAUAGGUGGAGAUACACACUUCGACGCGGCCGAGAGGUGGAGUUUGACAUCCAACGGAAUCAACUUUUUCCUUGUCGCUGCACAUGAAUUUGGUCACGCUCUGGGACUUGGUCACUCAAAUGAUAGAAGGGCUUUGAUGUUUCCUACCUAUAAAUAUGUGAACACAAGGAGUUUCAGGCUCCCAUCUGAUGAUGUUAGAGGAAUUCAAACCUUAUAUGGCAGUCAAACAUGUCCACGAGGAGAACCAGGAGGGGGAAGACGAAGAGGAGGGGGAAGACGAAGAGGAGGACGGAGACGAGGAGGAAGACGAAGACCAGGAGGAAUACGAAGACUAGGAGAAGGACGAAGACCAGGAGGAGGACAAAGAGAAGGAGGAGGACGAAGACCAGGAGGACGACAAGGAGGACGAGCACGAGUAGGAAGAGGAGGACGACGAAGUGAAGGACAACGACAAGGACGAGUAGGGAGAGGACUAUUAGGAGUUGGAGAAGGAUCAGGAGAACUAGGAGGACGAGAAGGAGGAGCACUGAGAGCAGGAGCACUAAGAGGAGGAGCAAUGGGAGAAGGAGGAGGACAAGGAGGAGGACAAAGACAACAAGGAGGACGAAGACGAGGCGGACGAAGACGAGGAGGACGAAGACGAGGCGGACGAAGACGAGGAGGACGAAGACGAGGAGGACGAAGACGAGGAGGACGAAGACGAUGCGGAGCUGGAGGACGAAGACGAGGAGGACGAAGACACACAACACAAUCACCACCAACAACACAAACACCAUCAACAACACAAAUAACACAAACAGGAAUCCAAAAUGAGAGAAAACGAAGAGAUGUUCAACAGUUAGGAGAGCUUUCGCAAAGAAGUAUCCUGAAUUAUUGUGAUACCAACAUGUCCUUUGAUGCAGCUUUCAAUCUGCAUGGAUACCCUCUGUUGUUUAAGAAUGGGAUCGGUUUAUCGAAAGACCCAUACUCAGAAAAUAUGAAACAAUUCCCAAUCUACGCAUUUUUCCCGAACAUCCCAUCGAUCGAUGCUGCAGUUAAUGUCCCAGAUGAAGAUACGGUCAUUCUUUUCAGAGGAUCUGAGUACUGGAAAUCCAAAUGGUUACGAUUGUUGCCAGGUUUCCCUCAAGGUAUCAGCAGUCUUGGAUUUCCAACAUCUGUCACUCAGAUCGAUGCUGCAUUAUAUAUCAAACUGGAAAAGAAGGCAUUGUUCUUUGUGGGAGAUCAAUAUUGGAGUUAUGAUGUGAUGAAAAAUCGUAUGGACACAGGCAAUCCAAAACCAAUACAAGAUAACUUUCCUGGAAUUGGUAACAAAAUAGAUGCAGCGUUUGAUUUUGAGGGUUUCUAUUACUUUUCUAAUGGAGCAACUCUAUACAAAUAUGACCCCAGGAACAGACAAGUUAACAGUGUUUUGAAAGCAAAUUCCUGGUUUGAUUGUAAAUAGGUGGCUCUCAGGUAUAAUUUAGCGCUUAUAGCUUCGUACUCACACUCAAAAUCAAAUUUAGUUAGUGGAGUCCUGCAGCUC